AUGAACUACAUCGAGUACGGCCUCAGCCGCAUCUUUGCGAGCGCCAAAGGACGUGAAGCGAGACUUUUCACCAAGGGCCCUGCCUUCGCGCUGCAUCCGACUGCCACCAUCGCUCUUUUAUGCCCUGAGGUAGGCAUGUCAGGAUCGCAACUGCCCAAAGAGCUUUCUGCAGAAGGCGCGGGCCAUUUUCCCACCCUGCAGUGGCCUAAAGCGUCAGCCGAGACCAAGCAAUACUUGCUCAUCAGCGAAGAUCCCGAUGCACCUCUUCCCAGCCCAAUCACUCAUGGCAUUUAUUACGGUAUUCCAUCUUCCAUGAUAGGUGUCAGUCAUGCCGAUUUUGAGAAAGCCAAGGAACCUUACACUCUCAAGGGCGGAUUCAAGUAUGGCAAGAAUCGCCGUGGGAAUGUUUAUAUUCCUCCUCGUCCUCUGCUUGGCCAUGGGCCCCACCGUUAUUUCUUCACCUUGAUCGCCCUCAAUGAGGCGGUCGAUGCAAGCAAGUUGAGUGAAAUGCCUACGGCAGAGGAGAUGGCUACUGCUAUUAACGGGAAGGUUCUCGGUUGGGGAGAGUGGUACGGAGUCUACGAGAGGAAGUGGGAGUGA